AUGAGUCGCGAGGAGCGGAAAAUGGCGCAGAUCAUUGCGAGCAUCGAGCGCAUGGAGCAGGAGGCGCGCGCGUCGGGAGACGAGGCGACGCGCGUGCAGGAGCAGCCGGAGUGGGUCAAGCAGGGAGCUCGUGGGAAGAAGGGGAGGCAGCGAGGGCGUGCGCUGAGUGUCAAGGUCAAGACGGCGGAGAAGAAGGGCAAGAAUGGGGCUGGCGCGGAUGCGGGGGGAGCAGAAGGGGCGACACGGCCGUGUAUCGAGUGCAAGUUGACGCCCAAGAAGCGCUGGAUCCAGCUCUGGAGUGCUCAGCAGGACAGGAGAGAAGACAUGAGUAGGAACUUGGAGGGUGUGGACUGCAGAGCUGGGGAGGACGCAGAUGCGACUGCUGCGUCGGCAGAGAGUGACGUGUUGGUUGCGGAGCGCUCUUCGAUGGAGACUCUUGAUGCUGAGACAAAGGAGAGUCGAGAGAGGGACGAAGAGAUUGUGGAGGUGCCGACGUCGGCAGUUGAUGCGGUUGCUUUGACUUGCAGAGGAGAAGAAGAAUCAGCGUUUGAUGUGACAUCGAUGGAUGCGACAAAGUGCAAAUCACAAGUAGUAUCAGUAGCUGUGCCUGUGGAGACAGAGGUGUCUGUGGUUGAGAGAGAUGACGUGGCUGCUGUCGCUGACUCGACGUUGUCGGCAUUGCGGGUGAAGACUCCGAUCAACAACGAGUCAUCGCACUUGUCUCCUCCGCUGGAAAGGAGCAGUAGUCCCGCAGUCGCAGCCUCAAUCAGUCCAUCGGCUAAGGUGAUGGACAGUGAUGUAACAAAUAGUAGUAACAUGGCAGCUGCAGCAGCAACAGCUGCAGCAGAACUGGAACGACGCGUUGGGACGGAUCAGGAGGAGGGAGUUCCUGAACAGAAAAUGGCUGCACCGAGUUUAGAGAGCAGCAGCGCGUGUGAAGAUGAUGACAGCUAUCGCAGCGAAGUGUCAUUCGAUUGUGGAAGGAAACGCAGCUUGGACCAGAGCGAGUCACUUGUAUCCGACGAGGCAAAGCGGCGAGCAGAGCGGAGAAGGAAGCGGAAGUCAAAUUGGGAUGUUGGCGAUCCCCGUAAAGGAGGAAGCCCUGUUGCAGAUCUGCCAGCCAGUGCCGCUGCGGCAGCAGCCAACCAGCAGUCAUUUGGCAAGUAUCCUUCCACCGGGCCAUCUUGGCGACAUAUCCCGAGUACGAUAGACGUGAAGCCACCACCGCCGCCGCACCCUCAGAGCAUGACGAUAGACAUGAAGCCGGCUUUCCAGAGUGGCCACCGCCCUUCGACUUUCUUCAACAAAGUUCCAAGUGCCGGGAGAAGACGAGGGUUUUACCAUACACCGGAUCGUUCCCGAAGUGCUGGACGUUCGUCAAUGCGUUUCAGCUAUGGGAACAGCGGCAGCAACUACCGGUGA